ACCAGUCCUCCUCUGUGUGUGUGUGUGUGUGUGUGUGUGUGUGUGUGUGUGUGUGUGUGUGUGUGUGAGAGAGAGAGACCAAUGACCUUUUAGUUGCCUUUAUUUGUUUUUGGCUGCUGUGUGGUCAAGAAUAUUCGUCAAUGAAUUAAUUGCUAUAUUUUAUAUAGACAUUUUUAUCCUUAAAAGGAGGUGUGGCCUUUUAGUCCUGGUGAAGUAAGUGUGGCCACUGUGCCUGUCAUUCGCAUCAAAAGAGGCGUGUUCUCUGUAUCUGUCAGUCCCAAUUAAGGAGACAUGGCCUUUGUGAAGGAGGUGUGGCCUCUGCGUCAAUCUCGGUGCAGGAGGUGUGGCCUCUGGGCCUAAGAGUCCUAGUGAAGGGGGUGUGGUCUCUGUGCUGGUCCAUGUGAAGGAGGUGUGGCUUCUGCAUAAAUUUUGGUGAAGGAGGUGUGGUGACUGCGUCAAUCUUGGUGAAGGAGGUGUGGCCUCUGGGCCUAAGAGUCCUAGUGAAGGAGGUGUGGUCUCUGUGCUGGUCCAAGUGAAGGAGGUGUGGCGUCUGCAUCAAUCUUGGUGAAGGAGGUGUAGCGACUGGGCUUAAAAAGUCCUAGUGAAGGAGGUGUGGCCUCUGGGCCUGAGUCCUAGUGAAGGGGGUAUGGUCUCUGUGCUGGUCCAAAUGAAGGAGGUGUGGCCUCUGCAUCAGUUAUGGUGAAGGUGUAUCCUCUGGGCCUGAGAAUCUUCGUAAAGGAGGUGUGGCUAAGCUAAUUGAACAUUGACAUAACAUUAAAUACAAUAAGUUGCAUUGUAUUCAAUCAUUGGCUUCUUUAAAUGUGUUGGAUAUGUUGUGUGCAUUUUUAGGUGUUUUUUUUUUUUUGGCAGUACCGGUAUUAUUAGUGCAGACAUCUUUAAUUUCCCAAAUUAAUAUUUAACUUAAGGGAGUUUUAUCUUUUAUUUAUCGAGUUUUAUCGAUUGAGAAAAUUUGCAUACGAUGCGUAACAUGUUUGGUAUACUCGUAGCCAACAAAGCUCCACUCGCAGGUCCGUGUUAAUGAGUCCAAUUAUCCAGUUAACAUUAGCACAUAUUUGUUCCUCCUUUCCCAUUUAGACAGUUAAAUCAUUUUAACACACUCGCAAAACAUUUUUUUCAUGCAUGUGUGCACACAGUCUUUCACACACACAAACGCACACGUCGGUACGUGCCACCUCUGCCUUCUAGACCCCUGCUUUGCAUAGUAGCUUUCUCAGCCGAGUGGUAGCAAACAGCACUGGAGGGAGUGGAAAGGCUAAGUUUCCUCGUUCCUGCCCUCGUUUAGUGGACUUUGAGCUUUGUCUGUUAAUCUCAACUGUCCAACCUCUGUUCCUAAUAUUCAGUUCCAAGUGUUUAACUGCUCUUACUCCUGACAAACACACACACACACACACACACACACACACACACACACACACACUUUCUCAGACACGCCCACAAGGUCUGUUAUAUGGCACCCGGUGCAGAACAAUGGGCUAUUAAGUGCUAGUUGCACACCUGUCUGCUUUACUGCAGUUACAGGUUUUUAAUUCUUCAGCCCACAUUAUUGCAGAGAUAAUGACUGAGCAUUUGGCAAGAGGUAAUAAAAAGAACUAUAUUAAAAAUACAAAAACGUAAGUUACUGAUUACCACGUAGUAAACAAUGUAACACGUCUAAAUUGAAAUUGUUGGACAGCCAACAUACAGUACACACUAUUUGUUUAAAAUUGUUACGACUGCAUAUAUUUCACUCAACACGUGGAACGCUUCGGCUACAAAUCAAGUGUAUAUAAUAGUCCUUUUUACCAAGGAACGGUAGUCUACAGCAGAUCGUCCUGUUGUGAUCUUCCCAGCUGCAGGGCCUGUUUUGACCUUGGCUCGACUGAGUCAUUUCAUAUUCCAGGAAUUGUAUGCGUUUCUGUGUAACUGUGUGUUUAUUGGAAAUGCUUUGAUUUGGUAAUCCCAAUACUCAGACAGCAAGUAGGCUCAGUAUUGGGAUUCUCUGUCGAUUAGUGUGACGCCAACCACUUCAUUAGGACUGCCUGUACAUCCUUCAUGCAGUUAUCCAAUCAACCAAUCAUCAGCCAAACAGAGACUAGGCAGGUGAUGAUUGUCCAGUUUUUAGCGAGUCUCCGCCCACUGUAGGCUGGCUGGAGUAGAGCCAGUUGUGGUCUUCUGCUGUUGUAGCUGAUCCACCUCAGUGUUCGAUGUGUGCGUUGUGAGUUACUUUUCUGCUCACCACGGUUGUAAAGAGUGGUUAUUUGUGCUAUCAUAGCCUUCCUGUCAACUUGAACCAGUCUGGCCAUUCUCUGAGCUUUCUCAUGAAUAAGGUGUUUCCAUCCACAGAACUGGAUGGGUUUUUUUUUGUUGUUGUUCGUUUGUUUUGUCACACCAUUCUGUGUAAACUCUAGAGAUCUAGAGGAGAUCUGCAGUUUCUGAAAUAAUCAAACAAUCCAUCUGGCACCAUCAACCAUGCCACGAUCACAGGUUUUUAAUUCAGUGUGUUGCUGCCAAUCGAUUGGCUGAUUGGACAAUUACAUGAAUGCGUUGGUGCUCCAACUGGAUGGUGAUUGGAUAGUGAUUGGACAGUGACUGCAGAAUCUUCUCUUCUCAUCAAUCUGAUCUUCUCAUGUCAAAUAAUGAGAAUAAUUCUCAGUUGCUGAGGAACAUAUCUGUUUAUAUUGUAUUUUUAUUUUUUAGCAUUUUACUGCACUAUGUAGUAGAUACAUAUACACCUAAUGUUUUUUACAGUGCACUCUUCACUCUUAAGAUUACUGACACCUGUAUAAUGUUAAGCAACCUUGUUCUUCAUUGUCAAGGUUUGUGUUGCGUGUUUGCAAUCUUAUUUUUACAGUGGUGCUACAAGUACCAAUAUGCUAUACUGUACUAUAUAGCAGUGGUCAUCAACUAACCAUAGUUCAGAGACCCCAGUUUUCUAAACAUGCAAUGUAAAUUAUUUAGCUAAAGGCAGCUCUUCCAAUUAGAGGUCGACCGGUUUUGCCGAUUAAUCGGCACCGAUAAACGAAUGCUGGAACUAUCGGUUAUCGGCAAAAAUCCACACCAAUCGUUUUUCCCAGUUGCGUCCUGUCCAUCGCGGGAGUGGCUGAGAAGGGUCCGGUGUCAUUUUACAGUACGACAGCAGCCUCUAGAGGCGAAAUUUUGUUGCGUUUUUUGAAGUGUUUUUUUAGAGUCAUUUUGGAUGUCACUAUUUUUAUUUGUUAUGUGAAGUGUUACUUUUUGGUUCAGUUUGGACGCAUGUCUUUUUAUUUUCUUUCAUUUUUAUUCAUAGUUAAUAUAUAUUAAUAUUUAUGUAUUUAUUUCAUUUUAAAAAGUACAGUACAAUUUUCAUGGUACUGUUUAUUUUUGUAAUAAAGUUCAGCAGUAUUUUUUGUGUACUCUAAGUGUUUUCAUUCAGUGUCAAUUUUAAAAUCUGUACAGGUUGAUAGUUACUGCCCAGCUUACUGUCGUUAUCGCUAUCGGUAAAAAUCUGCUGUCGGUCAGCCUCUACUUCCAAGCAGUAGACUAGUGGCAUUAGGUAAGAAAGAAAACCUAAUGUUUAAAGGUGACGGACAAAGACGUUUGCGUUUUUCUCAUCUUCCAGUCACAUCUGUUCAGGGUUUGUGGCGCUAAUCAGAAUCAGAUGUGACAUGCUGGUGUGAAAAUGUAAAACUAACUUCAGAAGAAAGAUGGGGGGAAAAAAACAGAGGCUGGUGAGGAAAUUACUAUUUAUUACUAUUAGAACAUAACCGAUAACAAGAUCUAACAUGUUUCGCAACAUUAAAUGUAAUUAGACUUCAAAGUGCUGUCGUUCUGUUGUCAGGAAAUUAUUUGUUUGAAUCGCCACCAUGAUGCAACCAUCCUUGGCCGAGACUCCAAGGGUGCAUAUUUGGCCAUGCUGUCAGGGUAGGAGGGAUGGCGUUACUGUCUCCUCUGUUAAUCCCUGUGACACUAGACUACACUAGAAGAGGGUGCUAGAUGCCGUGACUUUUAACUCGGUUCAAAGGGAAGUAAGCAGCAUAGCUAGACUCUGAUGCAGAAGGCCAGAAAGAGGGGCAAGUCGAGAGCUCUUGGCAGGUGAAAAUGUACCGUCAAAGUAAAGGAAAUAAAAGAGGAGUACAAAUAAACAGGCGAGGCGUCAAUCUGCCCGGAGUCUCACCACAGAUUUGUUUAACUUUCCUGUUUUCAUGUCUUCAUCAGCAUCGUUUAUUUACUGCCCUAAAGGUGUGCGUGCUCUGUGAACCAAGUACUGUUUGAUAAGGAUCACUGUAGCGUUUUCUCUAAAACUGAACUAAUGCGUCAUAAGUAACCAAUGCACGGCCAUAAGAAGGCGAAGUAUGUGACACAUUGAUGGGAUUUUUAUGAUUAUGACCAGCAGCUGAAUAUAGAAAGCGUUUAAAAAGCAGUCAAAAAAAAAAAAAAAAGCCGCACUAAUAUUUGUCCAUGCUCGGAAGAGGAUGGAAAUAUUGCUGUAUUUUUAUGUACACACCCAAGUGCACACUUUCAGACCUUCUGCUCUGUGCUGAAGGCGAGCUCUGUGUUGUUCCCUGUAUCCUUGACCCCUGUCUGCCAGAGUGUCCUGUUACUUCCCUCUGAAGGAGCUCAUUCCGCUCAUCCUGUGCACAGCCUGCCUCCACCCCGAGCCCAAAGAGAGAGACCAGCUACUGCACAUCCUCUUCAACCUCAUCAAGAGACCUGACGACGAGCAGAGACAAAUGAUCCUUAUGGGCUGUGUGGCUUUUGCACGGCAUGUGGGCCCAACGCGGGUGGAGGUGGAACUUUUACCACAGUGCUGGGAACAGAUAAACCACAAGUACCCAGAGAGGAGGCUGCUGGUGGCGGAGUCUUGUGGAGCGCUGGCCCCCUAUCUGCCGAAGGAGAUCCGCAGCUCUCUGGUGCUGUCCAUGCUGCAGCAGAUGUUGGCGGAGGACAAGGCCGAUAUGGUGCGAGAGGCAGUUGUAAAGAGUCUGGGUGUCAUCAUGGCCUACAUCGACGACCCAGACAAAUACACCCAGGGCUUUGAGCUGAUGAUGCUGUCUUUGGGUGAUCUGUCAGAGAGAGUGGUCAAUGCCACACAUCAAGUGUUUAUUCCUGCCUUUGCUGCGUGGAGUACAGAGCUCGGCAACCUGCAGUCUCAGCUCAUCCCCUCACUGCUCAACCGCAUCGAGAAGCUGCUUCAGCAGGGUGAACACAGUUUGGAUGAACAUAAGUUGCACAUGUUUCUCUCGGCUCUGCAGUCUCUAAUUCCUCCGCUCUUCGGCGUGGUGCUCGAGAAUGCACCGUUCACCAGCCGAGUCACACUGCAGAGUGACAUCACUCCCAUUGAGGUGACCCGGUUCCCGCGCCCGGCGUCUCCUCUGCAGGACGUGGCAUUCAUUGUGGGCAGCAGGGAGCAGCUGGGUGCACUUCUGCAGCUGUAUGAACAUCAGCUCCAACACGAGGGUACUACGGGGUGGGACAGCCUGCUGUGGGUGGUCAAUCAACUUCUUCCUCAGCUCAUCGAGAUCGUCGGUCGUAUCAACGUGGCCUCCACCACCUGCUUGCAUGAGUUCUCCAGAUUCUUCUGGCGGCUGUGCAGAACGUUCGGGAAAACAUUUACUAACACCAAGGUGAAGCCUCAGUUCCAAGAAAUCCUGCGGUUAUCCGAGGAGAACGUGGAUGCCACAGCCGGUAACGGCAUUUUGACCAAGGCGACGGUGCCCAUCUAUGCAACGGGGGUCCUGACUUGCUACAACCAGGAGGAAGACCGUAAGCUGUUGGUGGGCUUCCUGGAGGACGUUAUGACUACUUUGUCUCUUUCCCAUGCUCCUCUCGACAGUCUAAAAGCUUCCUUCGUAGAGCUCGGGGCGAACCCGGCCUACCACGAGUUGCUGCUGACCGUGCUGUGGUACGGUGUGGUCCACACGUCUGCACUCGUUCGCUGCACCGCCGCGCGCAUGUUCGAGCUGUUGGUGAAGGGGGUGAAUGAAACCCUAGUAGCUCAGAGAGUUGUUCCGGCACUUAUCACUCUCUCCAGUGAUCCUGAAAUCUCUGUGAGGAUUUCCACAAUCCCUGCAUUUGGAACCAUUAUGGAGACUGUAACACAAAGAGAGUUGCUGGAAAGAGUGAAAAUGCAGCUGGCUUCCUUUCUGGAAGACCCGUUGUACCAGGACCAGCAUUCUUUACACAUGGAGAUUAUUAAGACGUUUGGCAGGGUUGGCCCCAACGCCGAGCCCAGGUUCAGAGACGAGUUCGUCCUUCCGCAUUUGCACAAGUUGGCUAUGAGUAACAACAUGCAGACGGUGGAGAACAAGCGCAUGGACAUUGCAGGCCAGUUGUUUGAGGCCUACAGCGCUCUGUCCUGCUGCUUCAUUUCUGAAGAGAUCAUGGUAAACCAUUUUCUUCCUGGUCUGAGGUGCCUGAGAACCGACAUGGAGCAUCUUUCUCCAGAACAUGAGGUUAUUCUCAGCUCCAUGAUUAAGGAGUGUGAGCUGAAGGUGGAAAACCGAGCCAUGGGAGAGGCACAAGGGUCCAUUUCCAUCGCAGCGAGUCUGGUGGGUGAAGAUGCAAAGACCAAGUUCCUGAGUAAGAUGGGUCAGCUGACUACGUCAGGUGCCAUGCUGGCCAAUGUUUUCCAGAGAAAGAAGUGAAGCAAGUGCUGCUGGGGAAGUUUCCCAUGAGCCUCUGCUGUUUGGGACCUCCUACUUGAAGAAGUCAAAUGUCUGCCUUCAUUUCAUCUGUCUUUUUUUUUUUUUUAUAGGCUCUGUUUUAUAUCAUAUUUAUGUCUUAACUAUGUACUAUAUUCCAACCUCCAAAGAAAUUUGCACUGUUUGUUUUUUUCUAAUUAUUAUUAUUAAUAAUAUCACUACGAGGUUUUUUUUUUUUUUUGCUUUCUUCGUUAAAUCUGACGACAAAAAAAGAUUCCUUCCCUGUCUUGCGCUCGUUCAUGUGUUGCGGUGUCUCUGAAAAGUGUUUUCUAUAAGUGUGUUUAAUUAAUUUCUUUCUCUUUUUGGAUAUGCGCAAACCGUAAAUACCUGUAUAAUACACUGAGAAGGAACAUACCUGUAUCCUGUAUAUUGGAAAUUGGUGUCAUGAUUAAAAAAAAAAAAAAGUGAAGGACUGUUGUGUACUUCUAUAAAUGCGAGUGUAAGUGUUGUGUAAGAUAUGAUAUGAUAUCAGCAGGCAGGUGUUCGAACAAUGAACGGUAAACCCUCUCCGUUGGUUUGAACGCCAACAGUUUCAAAGUUCACGAGCUGAUCCGGAGGGCUCUCGGCCGUGUAAAGACGUUCCUUCCGUCUCUCGAGAAUAGAAUUUGCAUGUUGUAGUCAAUCAUUAACAUUUAGCUCUGAUUAGUAAAUUCUCUGACUUAUAAUUUAUUUCUCCCACCCAGGAAUAUUUGCAUAAAACAAACAAUGCCCUCUCAUGUUUACGUGGAUCUCUGGGUGCGGUUCAACGUCUUAAACAAAUCACAGCCUUCUUGAUGUAGAGCUCUCCUUUUUUUGACUCUCUUUUUCUUUUCUAUAUGCAGUAGUAAGUGUGGGGAGAUGGCGUAAGUAGGGAUGUCUUAGUCAUGAGCACACCGUGAGUCAGAAGUCAGGACCGUUUCCAAAGCAAGCAGGAAAGAGAGAAAAAGAGGUGGAGAAGUUGCCCAAACCACAGGAACAUCCAGCCUCUGUGUGUUUUCAUUGCUUUUUGGUUCUUUACUCAAUCUAUAAUGAGAUAUUUACAUCGGAAAGAUUUAUCUUCAAGCCGGCAGGUGUCCACUUUCAUAGCAAAUCACGGUUCACCUGUACCUUUUUUCUUCUUCGUCAUAUUUAUGAAAAAUAAAAAUAAAACCAGGUGGAUAGAAAUGUGACCCAUGAACAACAUCAUGUCACAUCAGUCUAAAUUGUGCUGUAAAGUUUUAGUCCUACUGCUACACUCUCAGAGGAAGAAACAUGGUAACACAUACAAUUAAAGAAAACUUAAAGUGUAUAAUUACACCUUAAAUACCAGGUGUAUCUUGAAUGAGAUUUUAUAAUGUAAUAAAUAAUGCUAAUAAUAAUUUAAUGGUUAUUUUUUUCCCCCAUGCAUGUUCAAAGAGAAAAGUUACACACCUUCUACGCUUGAGAGACAAAGGUACAGUUUAGUACCGUCUUUUUUCCCCCCUCCUGAUAGUGUAUAAUAGAUUCAUUGGAAAUUCCCUUAUUUUCAUUGUACACAAUUCGAACUGAUGUUGUAGCAGCUAUCUAAAACCAUUCGACUCCAAACAAACCACGAAUGUGAGCCGAGAAUAGUCACCAAAUUUGAUCUUAUAUUCAUACUUUGUAAAAAAAAAAAAGGCUCACUAUCUGAACUAUAUGUGGUAAAAACAAUCUCCUUCAUCCAUGAGUAACCAGAGAAUGUGAUUUGCAUGUGACGUUGCGCAAUUCUUUCCAAGCACCAGCAGGGAAAAGAAGCAAAGUCUCCCAGCACUUCAGAUGACAGUUAUUCAAAUCAGGUAAUAAUGUUUUUAGCAGGAAGAGCUGUUUGUGUGUGUGUGUGUGUGUGAGUGAGUGUGAGAGAGAGAGAAGGACAAGGCCCAGGGCUGAAAGACCUGGGAAGAACAAGCCAUUAAACUCUGUAUGGGAA